CUUAUUAUUUGACUGUUGGCUGGCUUUAAGUUUCUUCCUCUUCGCCAUUCUCUUGAAUCUCCUCUGAUAUCUCUCUCUCUCUCUCCCUCCCCCACCUCAGUUCUCUUUCUAGCUAACAUAGCAUACAUUCUUUCUCCUCAAACUUAGUUAAAAACAAAAUGGCAAUUUGCGGUUCCUCAAGAUCUCUCCUCGGAUUUUUUGUUGUUUUCUCUCUUGUUUUCCUGAUUUUUUCGCCUUCUGCUCGGGCUCAGUCUCAGGCUCAGGCUCCUGCUCCUGCUCCUACCAGCGAUGGGACUUCUAUAGAUCAAGGAAUCGCCUACAUUUUGAUGCUGGUUGCCCUGGUGCUCACAUACCUUAUUCAUCCACUAGAUGCUUCCUCCUACAGCUUCUUCUGAAUUUGCUUUUAGAACCUCUUUUAUUUUAUUUAUUUACUAGUAUUGUACUAAAACUUUUUAAGGAUUUCAUUUAAAUUUGAGGAUGAUUACUUGUA